CUUUUAUUGUGGCAGCAGAGUAACGGAAGCGGGGCGGUAACGUCUGGUACGCGGCCAAUAGGCGGCCGCAUACCAAACGGAGCAGUUGAGGAUCGCUCAAAGGAUCAGAUGUGGUGGGUCGUCGAGGAGACCUGCAACGUUAAGAUCACACUGAGGGAGGGCUGCCUCGAUGUUCUGCUGAAACUGGGUCGCAAUGAGGUGGCCCAAGCGCCUGGGCUCCUACAGGCGGGUGUUGCUUCCUGUCGUGAUCUUGGGUUUCGUGAGUCUGGCGAUCGUCUCUCUUCCCUUAUUUGACACGGAAAGCCCCAAGCCUCUUAAGUUGCACGUCGACCCUGCACACCAACAGCGGGUCCACGAGUACGUGCAGAGCGUACUGCAACGGGAAUGUCGUCCCGGCAACGCCCGACGGAGCCUGCUUGACAGACUUCCUGCUUCUGGUCAUGUGACCCAGCCUUUCCUGGGGAGUGAUGCGCCGCUGCCCGAUGACCUCUUCCUCUUCCCGCCCCCCUUUGGGUUCAGAGGUCUGCGGGACAAGCUGGAAGACACGCUUAGGCUGCUGCCCCGCACCGAGCCGCCCCGGCCGCAACAGGGCCCUGGGGCGUGCCGCCGCUGUGUGGUCAUGGGAAAUGGAGGCAUUCUGAGAAACAUGGAGCUGGGCCCGCUUAUCGACCGCUUUGAUACCGUAAUCAGAUUAAACAGCGGGCCUCUGGGCGAGUUCAGCGGCGACGUGGGGAAUCGAACCAGCAUCAGGGUGAGCUACCCAGAGGGCACGCCACGCCAGUGGGUGGACCAUGACCCCCAGCCUCUGUUUGUGGCCGUGGUUUACAAGGCGGUCGACCUCAGCUGGCUGUCGGCCAUGAUCAACAAACACACCGUGGGUCUUUGGGACAGGCUGUUCUUCUGGCAGAAGGUUCCGGAUCGGAUCCCGCUGGAGCCUCAGCGGUUCAGACUGCUGAACCUGCAGUUGAUCCGAGAGACCGCCAUGGGCCUGCUGCAGUACCCCCCUCCCCAGAGCCGCCUCUGGGGAUUUGACCCGCCAAGGCAAGUUGACAAGGACCUUUCCCUCCGAGGCCUCCUUCACGUUCUCUGGGGUGGGAUCCAGUAACCUUACCGGAAAAGGUCCUGCUGUGUGAUCGAUCAAGCACAGCUGUUAGUGUAGAUGAGGCUAGACUUGGCAUGUCCCCGAAAGCAGAGGCCAUAUGAGGCCAUUCCUCCAACAAGAGCAGCUCUGCUUCAACACACUAAACGUGCUGCAUAUCAGGCAGCCUGCAUAUGGGGUCAAGAAACCCAGUGUCAGCCAGAAGCAGAGAGUCCUGCUGACUGGGGAUGGAAAAAGAUUGGUGAACAAUGGGGGUUAUUUUGGACAGCAAAUGCACCAGUUGCAAAAAGUUGUGAACAACUAGCCAAGUGUGGCUGCAAAUCAGAGUGCCGUGGAAGAUGCAAAUGUUUUAGAUUGGGGUUCACUUGCACAGAACUGUGCAAUUGCAAAUAUGAAUAAAAAAAUAAGUAGGGGAGGCAUUGGCUACCAUUUUUAACAGUCUUUAUUAUGACUCGACAGGGCACAACCUCUCAAUCUCAGGUUCGACAGUCUAAACAGAAGGCCUUUGAGCUGGUCAAAAUGUGAAUAGAACUUUUUAAAUAAAUUUUUAAAUCCUUCCUUUUAACUCAGUCCCAACAGAGAACACUAUUAAAGCAACACCCACCUUGAAAAAUGAAUCUUGCAUUUUUGCGAUUGCCCUUUUCUAAAAGUGUGCCCGUUAUUUUGCUAACAUGCAUGUGUGCAUCAGUGUACAUACUACCAAAAUGACGGCCAUCUUGGAAAAGGUCUCCAUCUUGAAUUUUUUAUUGGCCAUACAAUUUUUUCAAAAAGUGGCCUUAACAGAGGCCUAUUUUCUGUAUCACUAUUUGGAAAAAGUGGCAAUGAACAUAGGACAGGAAUUGCAGUCAUCUUGAAAAAUGGUUUCCAUCCUGAAUUUUUACUGGCCACCUCCAGUGGCCCUUCCUCUCUGUGGACUGCACCUUGCCGUGGUGGAGAGGCUUGUGUACUCCAAUGAACAGACAUAUGAUUAUUUGACAGAAAUGCUGGCCAUCUUGAAAAUGGUUGCCAUCCUGAAAUUUUGAGUGGCACAUACCGUUUUCCAAAAGAGUGUUCCUAGAAGAGUAUUUUAUGCCUAAUUGCAUGCUUGAAUCACAAUUUGAACAAUUUGAAUAAUUAAUAUUUGACAGGAACGGUGGCCAUCUUAAAAAUGGCGGCCACCUUGAAUUUUACUGGGACAAGCAUCUUUUUCCAUUAACAUGUCCUUUAGAUAGUAUUUGUAUCAAAUAUUGUGCUUGGAUCACUGUUUGAAUCAUUGAUAUAAUAAGCAUUGAAUAGCAAUGGCGGCCAUCUUGAAAAAUGGCCGCCAUAUUGAAUUUUUGAGUGGCCAACGGCUUUUUCCAAAAUAGUGGCCCUUAGAGAGUAUCUGUGCUAAAUUUCAUGCUUGUAUACCAAAGUGAACGAUUUUUUGACUAUUCUGCUCCACUACUGUUGGGAACAUGCAAUGAAGUUGAUAUUGUUAAUAUAGCAUAAACAUAUUUUUUGUUAGCAUAAAGAAGUGGAUUUGGCAUAUUUCAUCAACUCAUUCACCUUCAAGUUCACAAGCUCAUCUGUGAGCCGCUCCUCAUUCAUUUUUUCACCAUCAUUAAAGUUAUCAUCUCCAUC